AUGACAACUACAAUACAACAUUGGAUAAAAAGCCACGGACCAAAGGAACCUCUUCCAAUCUCUAAAGAAGAAACAAUGAAGCCUUGGGGAAGUUUAGGAGUCGUAGAAACUAUCUAUGAAGAAGAAGAUUAUGAGAACUCUUCCACCUUUCCUUCUCUUUCUCCUUCAGUUCUCUCUUCUCCGCCGACAUCACUCCAUUCCAGAGUGGAGGCUUGGUCAUCGGCAAUGGGGCAUAAAACUGACGUGCUGAUACAUGUCCAGGGAAACGCUUUUCACCUUCACAAGGAUCCUCUGUCCUCCAGGAGCAUCUAUUUAAGGCGGCAACUAAUGGAACAAUCGGAAUUAACGUUAUCCCCACCGUUAAACAUAACUGCCGAAACGUUCGCUCUCGUUGCCGACUUCUGUUACGGGACCCACCUCCUUGUAACGCCGUUCAACGUUGCGUCCCUCCUGUUAGCAGCGGAACUCCUCGGAAUGACGGAGACUCAAGGUAACGAGGACCAGAACUUGAAGCAGAUGACUGAUGGUUACUUCCGUCGAUUCGUCGCCGUCAACAGAGAGUACGCGGCGAUUGUUUUCAGGUCUUGCCUGGUGUUGCUCCCAGAGGCGGAAACAACAGCGUUUCUCGUUAGUAGAUGCAUGGAGACUAUGAAUUUGACGGACGAUGGUGACGGCGUGGUCGAUUUUUUUGACGACGUUAUUUCUUUGCGCGCCCCGGAUUUUAAAAUCGUGACGGAGUCUAUCCAACAACGAUUUGAGUGCCAUGAUCUGCUUUACAGGAUCGUGGAUUUCUAUCUCGAGAAGCACAAUGGGAAGAUAACGGAGGAACAGAAGACUCAGAUAUGUAACUCCAUUGACUGCAACAAGCUCUCACCUCAGCUCCUCCUACAUGCAGUGCAAAACCCUCGAAUGCCUCUGCGAUUCGUUGUCCGAGCCAUGUUGGUGGGGCAACUCAAUCCCCACCGCUCCAUUUUCUCAGCUGCUAAUCACCAUUAUUCUCGUAGGCAUCGCCUUAGAGACGCCGAUGACAACAACAACAACAACAUCACCCUUGGUGCAAUCUUGCAACGCGAAGCGACAAUGUGUGAAACUGCUCAACUCAAGGCAGCAAUGGAUGCCACGAGCUCCCGCAUCCAAACCCUGGAAAAACAGCUGCUUUGCUUGAAGAAGAUCUUGCAAAAAUCAGAUGAUCAUCAGAAUGGAGGAGUUGGCGGGUCGUCUAGGGAUGUGUUGGAAUCAGGCAGGUCAGCUAGUUUCCAUUAUGGUUCAGGGAAUAAGAUUGAAAGAGCAGAUAGAGAAGCUACUGCUUCAGCGAGCUUUCGAUUCAGCGGUCCAGAAGAGCGAGCAUUUGGGUCUUCAUCAUCGGAGAAUUCAUGCAUUGACAGUCCUAGAAUCAAGAAAAACAUAGGGCAGAGGUUGAUCAAAGGGUUAAAGAGCGCAUUGGGGGUAUCAAAGUCUGCAACCAAGAAUGGCUCUGAUCACAACAAAACAUUUUAGCAGGCCAAACAUAGCACUAAUCUUUCCACAAAUUCAUGAUAAUUGACAGGUAGUAGGGAGG